CCAUCGGCAACCGCUUUUAACUCUUUCCUCGUCAACUUUCGUAUAAAAGCCAGCCCCUUUUCCUUAACACCCACCAUAUUCUUCACCCUUAAGCUAUCUCUCUCACAUCUAUAAAAUUCCCCACAACCACAAUUAACCGUUGCAAUCAAAUUAAAAAUGGAGAAAAGUGAAGAAAUUGAUGGUAAUUUUUUUGAGUCGUUACCCGAAGGGUUUAUAGCGAACGCUAUGGCCCGUACGAGCCCUAAGGAUGUGUGUACGUUGUCGUUGGUGUGUACGUUGUUCAAAUCGGCUGCGGGAUGGGACGCUGUUUGGGAGAAGUUUCUGCCGCCGGAUUAUCAGAAGAUUGUUGCGGCGGCAGACGGUUGUUCGAAGAAGGAGGUUUAUCUACGCCUUUGUGAUUAUCCGGUUCUUAUUGAUGCUGGAAAUAAGAGCUUCUGGUUACAUAAAUUGAGUGGAAAAAAAUGUUACAUGUUGGCUGCACGAGACCUCUCGAUCAUUUGGGGCGAUACCCCGAGGUACUGGAGAUGGAUUUCUAUCCCCGAAUCAAGGUUUGCUGAGGUGGCCGAACUUGUUAGUGUAUGUUGGCUCGAAGUUCGUGGUAGAAUCGAUACUUCCCUGCUGUCAUCCGACACUCGAUAUGCCGCUUACCUUGUGUUUAAAUCGGCACCACACACUUAUGGAUUUGAAUACCAUCCUGUUGAAGUUUCAGUCGGUUUAAUUGGUGCUGAGAAUCAAACCGAGAGUCAGAUCAAAACGGUUUUUCUUGAACCGGAAGCGUCCGAAAGGUACAGACACGGUGAGUAUGAGCGGUCACUGCCGGGAAGAAGACGGAUGGGGGUGUUUAGCCGUUUGAGAGGGUUAGCUAGCCGAGCUAAUGCAACCCCACCUCAAAUUGGCCCGAAACGCCGACAAGACGGGUGGCUUGAGAUAGAAUUGGGCGAGUUUUAUAAUGGGAAGGGUCAAGAUGGGGAGGUUUAUAUGAGCAUGAUGGAAGUGAAAGGAGGGAACUGGAAGGGUGGUAUAAUCAUUCAAGGGAUUGAAAUUAGGCCAAAGGCAAGUUAAAUAUUUCUUUUUCUUCUUGUUAACAAUGAUUGAUGGUUCUAGUCUUGUACUUAUGAUAUGAUCGUUGUUGUCCUGUCCGUAUCACGCUUAAUUGCAUCGAUCUUGGACCCCACCGUACACUUCUGUUAGUUGAGAUGCGAAAUGACAAUUUUACUCUUUCUUUUUACCCA